AUAUAUAGACACAUAAUUUGAGCUUGAGUGCUUUAGAAUCAAUUAAUCAAAGACAUGGUUAGACCACGUUUCAAGUUGAAUAGUUUGUGCGUUGGUCAUGCUAGAACACCUCGUGUUCGAGCAUGUUCUGCAUCUUCUUUUGGAUCAAAAUUUGCAAACAGAACUGAGUUUUCAAGCAACGGAGUUCAAGACUCUGGAAGAGAUAAUAAAGGGGAUGAAAGUGGGAAUAAAGUGAUGGUUGUUGUGGAUUCCAGCUUUGAAGCUAAAGGAGCUCUUGAUUGGGCACUCUCACACACUAUUCAGAGUCAAGAUACCGUUGUUCUUGUUCAUGUAGCUAGACCCCUCAGAGAAGGCGACGAGUCUGAUGUGAAGUUUAAUCUGAAGGCUUAUCAACUUCUCCUAGACAUGAAGAGUAUGUGUGAAAUGAAGAAACUUGGGGUGCUAGUGAAUAUAGUAUUGCUUGAAGGGGAUGAAAAGGGUGCUGCAAUAGUGCAAGAGGCAAAGCAACAAAGGGUGUCUUUAUUGGUGGUGGGACAAAGAAAACGUUCUCUUUUGUGGUGCUUGAUGAGGAAGUGGACAAGAAAGAGAACAAAAAGUGGGGUUGCUGAGUAUUGUAUACAGAACUCCCCUUGUAUGACCAUUGCAGUGAGGAGGAAGAAUAAAAAACUUGGAGGAUAUUUGAUUACUACCAAACGCCAUAAAAACUUUUGGCUUUUGGCUUAAUAUGAUAUGAUACGAUACGAUGUGACUUAUAUCAAUGAAAUUGGUUAUGAUGUUUGUGGGUUUGUGUCUAAUACACAUAGGUAAAGGUGUAUCUAUCUUAAAAUUUGAAUAUGUUAUGCCACAAUUAAUGUACUUCAAACUGUUAACUAGAUUAGUAUAUUGAUAUUCCCUUACUUGAAUAUUUUUGGUCCUUCACUUUGAAUGAGCUUUCUUCUGGUUAA